GGCUUCCAUCGCAUCUUGACGUGUUGCUUACCCGCGCCGAUAUUAAUUAUACGGAUAAUCUGAAUAAAUUUAAGCGGUUUCAUCAAUAAUUCUGCACUUACUUAACACGAUGAAACUAACACUAGAAUGAAUCCGCUGCUAAGUUGUGAUUUAUAGCUUUUUGAACGUCGAGUGUAAAUACAAUAAUAACUGAUAAUAAUAGGCAACAGGGAGUACCGAUGGCAGUCAGCGCAUCUUUCCACAAAAAUGUCUCUCUUCUCUCGGAAUUGGUGACUCCGAACGAGGCUUUUAGACGGCAUUUUCGCGAGGGAAUGUUUGACAAGCCGAACACCACAGGCUUCAUUCACGUAUCACACUUUCUCCUCACGAUAUAUGAUUCGGAACGAUUUAGAAAAUUAGUGGAGUGGCCGAUAGUUUGUAAGAAGAGUGAGAGCAAGUACAGAAGCGAUGUUAAAGAUUUUAUAGGCAUCGUUGCAACCGAGCAUCCUGAGGCUGGCCUUCCCUCAAUACUGGGCACAUAUUUGUUGCACGCUGGAGGUACAAAGUUUAUCAACGUCAUGUGGAAGCUCUCACAGGUUGUCCUUUAUGUAUAUAUCAAACGUGAAUCGCAUAGCGAUGUACUCUUGGCGCCACAAUGCGGCAUUACAGACGAAGUGACUAAGACACUGUUAAUCAAUGCUACUUCAAAUAUACAUAAAAACAUUAAGGAGAUGAAUAGCAGAUUUUCUGAGACUGAGCAAAGGGCUAGAACCUUCGUCGAAGAUCAGGUCAACGAUACAAAGGACUUUCAGAAUGAGACAUUCGAACAAAGACAAGCGAUAUCUAAACUUGCUGCAAAUGCCAUAGCAGCCCCAGCUGUCAAAAAAAGGUUGACAGAGAUUCACGAUACUGAAAUUAUGAAAAUGUGGAAAGAAACUCAAGCGAAACAAAUCAGUGACUUACAAGAAAUGACGGGGAUUUUAAAAACUGUUGAGGAUCUGAGUACAGAAGUCGCUGAACUAACAACAAGCAUACUUAAUGAUGACAGAAUUCUUGAUGUAUCUAGGCUUCCAAAAAUAGAUGCAAACAAUGAUUUGCAUUCAAUGCUACCACCAGAAUCACAGGUUCUCUUCUCUCGCAUGUAUACAGAAGAGAAAUUAGUGUUACAAAACUUGUUCAGAAUAGUGCACGUGAUGUUGAGCCAAUUGCGGUUGCAGCUGCAAAUCCACAAGCUGCAAGACCUAACCCAAUGUCAGUUACAAGUAGAAGCAAGCACCGAAGAUGCAAAAGCUAUGUGCAAGCUGUUUCUAGUCCUGCUUGAUCGAAUCACAAAUCUUCUAGCAGAAGUUCACAACACUUUGAGAACCAGAAAUAGCAAAUAUGUGCCAGAAUGUCAUAGAUUCAGAGCAGUGGACAGUGUUCUUUUUAUGCCUUCUCCAACAAUCUGUAUCGAUACAAAUGCAGAUUCUGAAAAAGUAGACGUUCUAAAUAGACUGGCGUUAACACCUGUAGAAGGAGCUCAUAAAGCUUUGUUUUCGCGUCACAAACGUACAGAAGCUGCCACACCCCAGUCUUCGAAGUUAAGGGCUAAUUUCUUAGUAUCAAGAAUUAAUCUUGACGAUACUUUAUCGUCAAUAGUAAGCGAACGAUCGACCCCGCAAAAGCGAAGAUUUAAAUCAGUGUCUCGAAUGAAUUCAAUGAUGACAAAAAAAUCUGAUAAAUAUUUUAGAUUAUUUUCUGGACAACACAAAAUGAACGCCAGUAGAGCCAAUUCCAGCAUACUAUCUAUUCCGUCUAGUCCGAAAGCUAAUUCAACUGCCCUAAUGAAUACAAUUAGUGCAACGAACAGCUUGUCAGAAAUCAGUCUGGACCUUACAGCGAAGAGUAUAUUUAACUUGAGCAAGGAUAUCAUCAGUGCAGUAUCAGUAAUGACAAAUCCAAAUAGUCUUUCGCCAUUUAAGCAAAAUAAGCCUCAAGUAGCGGAGACAGUAGAAAAAGAAAAACUGGGAGGCAAUACGGAAGAAAAUGUAAAAAAUAAUAUGGAUUCGCCAGUGUUGUUAAAGAGAGUUAUAAAACCAUCAUUAAAUGACAAUGAGGUAGAGGUAACAAGCAAUUGUACAUCGGCCUCCGAAAGUUCCAAGCAACGUAAAAGAAGAUCGAUUAGUGAUUUGGUGGAGCGAUACAAACUAGUUUUGCAAAACUCUAGGGUUACAUCCCAUCUAGAAACAAGUGAACAAAGUAAUGAAAGUAAAUGAAAAAUAAUUAACAAUUUUAUGAUUAUUUUGAACAAUAUAAUAUCGUACUUUACAAAUUUUGAAUAAGAUAAACGAGAUAGAUCGCACUCUGAGAAAUAUCAUUUAGAGUUAAACCGAAAUGUUGUUAAUAGACAGUGCAAUUAUGCGAAAUAGUUAUUAAU